AUGGAUGAAGACUCAAACCCAGACCAAGGUAUUACGGAUGGAGACUCAAACCCAGACGAAAGUAGCUUUCUGCAGGUAGACUCAAACCCAGACGAAGGUAGCUUUCUGCAAGUAGACUCAAACCCAGACCAAGUCAUUAAUGUCGAAGGCAAUGUAGAAAAUAUUCAAUGCAAUGCUCGAGAAAAAACUCCACCUAUUAUUGUGAAAAAUGAGCAAGAAGCUUAUGAUCUCUAUAAUGAGUAUGCAGCACGCACUGGCUUUAGCAUUCGAAAGAAACAGAGAAGAUAUGACAAAAAUGGAGAUCUUUCAACACUUAAUUUUUGUUGUUCAAAAGAAGGUUUUAGGCAAGAUAGUGACCCUUGUGAAGAGAAAAAGACUAACAGAUUGGACGAGAGAACAGGCUGCCAAGCCAAAAUUCAAUUUUUACUAGAAGAUGGUGAGUGGAAAGUCUCUACCUUUGAUCCUGAACACAAUCAUGAACUUGCAAUGCCGGAGGAAAGACAAUUUUUAAGAUCAAAUCGUAAAAUUUUAGAAGAUGAUAUGGGUGUGAUUAAAACCAUGGUGAAUGCAGGUAUAAGAACUACAAAUACGUACUCGUAUUUAGCAGAAGAAGUCGGCGAGUCUCAAAAUGUUGGGUUUACGAAAACAAAUUGCUACAAUUUUGUUAGUAGGGAAAAAAGAAUUAUGCUUGAAGCAGGGGAUGCUCAAAGCUUGAUCAAUCAUUUUAAGCGCAAGCAAGUUGAAGAUCCAAUGUUCUUCUACACGGUGCAAGUUGAUCAAGAAAAUCAAAUGACUAACUUUUUCUGGAGGGAUGGAAGGUCCAUAAUUGAUUAUGAGUGCUUCGGGGACGUAGUAAUAUUUGAUACUACAUAUCGAACCAAUAAGUACAACAUGAUUUGUGCUCCUUUCGUUUGUGCCUUUUUGCUGGAUGAGAAGACUGCUACGUUUGAAUGGUUGUUUGAGGCAUUCUUAGAAUCAAUGGGGAAUCGAAAGCCUAGAACCAUUUUCACUAACCAAUGUCAAGCUAUGGCAAAUGCCAUUAUGGUGGUGUUUCCUGAGACAUGCCAUCGUUUAUGCACAUGGCACAUAUCAAUGAAUGCUACAAGGAAUAUACCAACACUUUAUGGAAUCCCUGAGUUCAAGAGGCUAUUCAACAAGUGUCUUGACGGAUGUCAAACAGAGUUAGAAUUUCAGCAGACUUGGGAUGCAAUGAUUGAGGAAUUUAACGUUGCACAAACAUAUGGCUUAAAGGUCUUUAUGCCAUUCGUGAGAAGUGGUGUCCAGUGUUUAGCCAAGAUGCAUUCUCUGUGA